AUGUCGUUGCCAAACCGCAGCCGCGCACGCCUAUUUAAUAGGACAGAUUUCAGUAUCAAGCCGUUCAACUGGGACGGCUUACCGCCAGAAAUCCACCAAGAUAUCUUCGAUUUGCUUCUAUCUAGGAAUCAAUGCAGCCACGAUAAGCAUCCUAAGUCCACCUACGCCGCCGUCUGCCUCACCUGGCGCAAUUCGUUUGAGAGGGAGAACUUCGCUCAACUGAAAAUCAGCCAGUGGGAUUUGGAGCUUUUUGAGCAAAUCGUCACCACUGAGAGAAAAAAGCUACUUGGUACACUCUGGUUUCGUGUGGAACUUCGCCCAUACAAUUGCCGCUCAUGUUGCUCGAAGGAGACCAACGACGAAGCCACGAUGAAUAGUGCAUUAUUUACGGAUGCUCUAUUACGCUUCUACGACGUUAUGUCCAAGUGGGGACUUCCAGACGGAAAACACGAAAUAGACCUGACCGUAAUGCUGAGUGCUUGGUCCCUAAGCGACCGAGAACAUUACUUCCGAGAUCACCGCUUCGAGAACGAUAGUUCAAGCGUCUACCGCCAGUAUCGUGUAAAUCGCAACGACGAAACUCAUGGAUGGAAGGGAGGAUAUCGUAUCCCUCCGACAAUGGAUGCUUGUCUACGGCUAGUCGGAAAGCUGCUUAGUUUCAACCCUAAGCUCAUAGGCAAGGACUGGAAGGGCUCAUUUCCAAAGCUAGACUUCGUUACAAGUCUCGUCAUUCCCCGACAAUUCUACCGACCGAUUCCCAGAUUAGAUCUGAUCUUGCCGAGCUUCCCGAAGCUGAAGGUUUUCCAAUAUGAGCCUUGGCGUGCUAUCUCUAUGGAGCUUGAAAGGUACCAGCGAUUUAUGUUUAAUUGCUUCCUGGCCCUUUUACCACCAACCCUAGAACGAUUUUCGGUGUUCGAGGACUUCAGCGAAGAUAUUCAUGCGUCGUCACGAGAGUUAAGGAACUUUAGAAUUGUGCGAUCCCUACUAAGUGCAAGUCGUAACUUUGUCGAGCUCGACGUGUCGUUCAUCAUCGACGCUGAGCAGUUCUUCCGCCGUUUCUUACCGAAAUUCAAAAGAACACCCGUCGAUCUCACAUGGCAAAACUUGCAAGGCUUAACGUUAACUUCGUGGACCCUCCUCAACCCAUUGAAAGAGCAAGGACGGCUGGAUGACCUGCUUUGGUGCGUUGCUCGAGCCGUCUUGAAGAUGCCAAAGCUCGAGAUGAUGGAGAUAUGGGCCUGCUCUCAGAAAUCCGCCGGCAUCUUUCGCUAUACUCGUUCGUGUAUGGAGGUGUGCAUUGAGAUGGAAGAAUCGGAGAAUACCCAUACACUACCGGAGCGUGUCAUGAAAGUUUGGCAAGCAGUAGCGAAUAGAUAUACCGAAGGCCGCCUUCGUACAUCAAACCGCUACAUAUGGUCCAGCGCUAUUAGAACACACAGGUCAGCUCUAAGCUACUUGGAGAGAGCUGAAAGAAUUCUGUCACCUGCAUCUACUCCUCGACUGAUGUAG